AUGGAGCACAAGAGGGUGAAGCUGGAGGAGGGUGGUGCCGGUGGCAGGCUGCGGUGCCAGCACGUCAUGGAGCAGAAGAAAAGACAGUGUGCGAUGACGCGUCGGGCUGGGAGCAAGUAUUGUCUCGAACAUCUGAGUUUAUUGGGUGCUGGUGGCGUGGAGAGGGUGCCCUGCCCCUUGGACCCGAAACACACCGUUUGGGAACACCAAUUGAGGGCACAUUUACGGAAAUGCAACACUUUCAAAGCAGCUCGUAGAAAUGACGGUGAAAAAUUCUAUAAGCUGGAUGGCAACAUUGGGAGUGGACUGGUGCCGGAUACGAGGGUUGAGUCACUCCCCGAUGGCACCUGGAGACAGGUGUUGCAACUGUUGGAUUGCAGCGUGAAGGUUCGCGCAUCCCCGAUCCGCCAAAAGGCAAACGAGUACUUGGACAGUACACGGCUGGAAACGCUUGAGAACAGGAAACAUGCAGAACAACAGUCCUCACUGAUCCAACACUUGCUCGAGGCAUGCCCGCCGGGCCGGCACAGAACUUUCGUCGAGUUCGGGUGUGGCAGGGCAGAGUUCUCGAGGUACGUCAACCAAGCGUACUUACACGCCGCGCCAGAUCCACCGGAUUUCGUGCUCGUGGACAGGUCCUCAAACAGAAUGAAAUUCGAUACAAAGAUCGCAAAGGAUACGGAGGAGAUGUGCCCGAGUGCAUCCAACAAAGUCACAAGAGUCAAGAUCGAUAUCAAGGACCUACAAAUGGACCCGCUGCUCGAGGGCGCCCACCACUGCGUUGCCAUCUCGAAACAUCUCUGCGGUGUCGCGACGGAUCUCACGCUCAGGUGUAUCGCAAGCUCCGAGAGGAUGCGCGGCGGGCUUGACGCAGUGUGCAUUGCCAUGUGCUGCAGACACGUUUGCAACGCCAGAGACUAUAUCAACCCACCUUUCUUCGACAAAUUGCUCCAAGAGGCAAGGGACUCCGAAACGUCAGACCCUCCUCUCACUUACAAGCAACUGUUCCAGUGUCUUGCCAAGAUGUGCUCUUGGGCAACGAGCGGUAGGAGGCCAGGUGCUCAGGAUACAGAUAUGGUCACCGUCGGCGACGCGAUUGAGAUGACGUUGAAACAGAGGGACCAAUAUGGACUCCUCUCAAGACAACUGAUAGACGAGGGGAGUCUACAGUGGGCACGGGAAAACUUGCCCAACUCAAGGGCAGAACUCAUCAAGUACGUAGACAGUAGUGUCUCCUUGGAAAACGUCGCCCUGUUCCUGACAAAAUGA